UAAUUUUUUCACUUCAUCAGAAUGACCUUCAAGAAGCUUCAGCUGAGGAAAUAGAUGUUAAGCUCUUUUGUUUGCUGGGGAGGAUGAACAUUAUCAAGGCAGCUGUUGACAAAAGCUAUCCUGUAGUGCCAAGGUUCAACUUCCCUACUACUAAUGUGCUGGGGAUUAUCGAUUUCUCCAAGAAAAGCUGAAGGAACUGGCAACUUGUAAAGUUGAUCCUAUAUUUACUUUUGCAAAGGAUAGAGUUCACUUCUUUAGGCUAUACUUAAAGAAUGCCGCGGAGCAGCACAGCCAGGAUGCAAAGCUCCAACCACACACAAUCCAAGAAGAUUUGUCAUUCUUGAAAUCAUUCUUGGAAAAUAAUUUGAGGCAGCACGUAGAUAAGGAAAAGCUUCAACUUCAAACAGUGCAAGAUGGUCUUGUAUUCUUAAGAUCAUUCUUGGAAAACAACAGGGAUCAAAGCAACCACCCUGAAGAGCUCCAAGCUCUUAGUAGUCAUGUUGUGGAAGUGGCAUACAAGGCAGUGUUUGUUAUUGACUCCUUAAUUGUUGGAGAUAUAUCAUAUUAUUCUCUUAUGCUAUUUGAUGAUGUCACAGCAGAAAUUAAGCUUCUUAAAACUAAGACAGGGGAGAUUGACAGCAUCGAAGCCCAAAAACGUACCGAUGGUUGGAGGGAUGUGCCAUCACAAGCAGGAAGGAAGUGGAGUGGAGUAUUCCACCAGGUGCCAUCACAGGGUACUAUCUCAACAAUCAAUAAAGUUGCGGUAUGUCUGAAGGAUCAGGAGCAAACAAUUAUUGAUCAACUUAUAGGAGGAUCGCUGCAGUUGGACAUCAUUUCCAUUGUGGGAAUGCCUGGACUAGGCAAGACGUUUCUGGCAGAAAGAGUUUACCGUAACCCUUCAAUUACAUCUCACUUCCACAUUCUUGCAUGGUGUUGUAUCUCGCAAGUAUAUUGCAAGAAAGAUCUGUUGCUUGGGAUCUUGGCAUGCAUUGAUCCAAAAGCUCAAUACUCAGAGAUGGAUGAAGAUGAUUUAGCUCACAAGCUUUGUAAUCACUUGAGGAAACAGAAGUAUCUCAUAGUUUUAGAUGAUGUGUGGGAUAUUGAGGCGUGGAAUGCAUUGAAAAUAUCUUUCCCAGAUUAUGCCAAUGGAAGCAGAAUUAUAUUAACGAGUCGGCAUCAUGGAAUUACCGGUAAACCUCACCAUCUUCGGCCACUUGAUGAAGAAGAAAGCUGGGAGUUACUAAAGAAGAAGCUGUCAAUUACCAUAGAAGGUGGCUAUCCUGUAGAACUAAGUGUUCUAGGGAGGCAAAUAGCAAAAAACUGUAGUGGACUGCCUCUAUCAAUCGUCAUCAUAUCUGGAAUUCUCGGGACGCUAGAUCAAGGUCGGUGGGGAGAGGUAGCAGAAAGGCUAGACUCAAACAGCAAGAUUGGUGCCACAGAACAAUGCAAGAGUAUAUUAGAGCUGAGUUACAUACAUCUACCUGACCAUUUGAAGCCAUGCCUUCUUUACUUCAGUGCAUUUAGAGAAGACCAAGAAAUUUCUGUAAAGAGGUUGAUGUGGCUGUGGAUCGCCGAAGGAUUUGUGCGAAAGAAGGAAUCAGAGAGCCUUGAAAAAUUAGCAGAAGGCUAUUUAAUAGCUCUAAUCAACAGAAGCUUGGUUAUGGAGGGGCAAAAAGAUCCAUUGGCGGGGUCAAGACAUGUCACAUUCAUGAUUUGUUGCAUGUCUUUUGUUUGCGAAAAGCUAAAGAUCAAAAUUUUCUACAUUUGAUACAAGGAUGUGACGGAUUUCUUAAUUUUGAUGAACCACACUACCUAUAUCGGUUAUCCAUUCACUCUCAGCCAAAGCAUUUUGCGAAGUCAAAGAUAUUUUGUCCCCAUGUACGCUCUCUAUUACAUUCUUCUCGUGGUAUUGGGAGCCGUGUAGUAUCAUACAACCUGUCCUUUGUUUGUCACC